CGUCAUUUUAUUUGUUAAUUUGCGUGCUAAAGCAUAAGUGCUGUUUUGAUAUUCUGUUCGUUUUUGUGAAAUUCAAUUUAUUUGUAAAAGUUUUUAAACAAAAGAGCACAAUAAUAUGCCAGGAACUACGCAGAAAUAUCGCAAUUUUGUUGCUGAACCAAUGGGUGAAAAGGCUGUAACUGAAUUGGCGGGCAUUGGUGAAACCCUUGGUAAACGCCUUACGGAUGCAGGAUUUGACAAGGCUUACGUUGUUCUUGGGCAAUACUUGGUAUUAAAGAAGGAUGAGGAGCUAUUCAAGGAAUGGAUGAAAGAGACAUGCAAUGCCAGCUCUAAGCAGGCUAAAGAUUGUUACAGCUGUCUCAACGAUUGGUGCGAAGAAUUCUUAUAAAUAUCCUAGAAACAAUGCACAAUAGACAAAGCGAAGAACUUGACAUAUUUUACUAUUAUUUUGCUGGUUAACAUUUCAUUAUUUUUCUAUUUUUCAUACUUUUAUAAUUUAAAGAGUCUGUAUUUAAAAUUUCCAUAAUCGUAUAUUUUUAGUUAUGACACAAAUAUGGGUAGGGAAGUUAAUGUAGCAAUUUAUGAUUUUUUUAAAUAUCUUUCUUCGUUUUUGUCUUAAAUAAAUAUAAGAACAAAUAUAACAAUUUUAAUAGUAUUUAGUUUGUACUUUUGCUUCG